CACAGCCAGAAAUGAACCAUUAUUCUUAGACCUUCAGGUCUUUAUGUUUGAGCAGUGUAACAGUGAGCUGGUUCCUUUAAUACAGCCAGAUAUUUGUUCAGGAUACGCCCUAUUCAUCGCAUACCCCUUUUUAGUUUCAGUUCUCUGUCUCCAGGAAGCUCUCGGCUGUAGAGAAUCUAAACGUUAGCAGAAUGUUGGAGCAUUUCAUUCUCUGGCUCAUUAUAUGUUUUAUAAUUUACCUUUUUUAUAAGGGUAAAAAUAAGAAUUAUCAGCAAAUGAAUGUAUCUCAGAUGAAUUCUCAGCAACGCAAAGAGUUCAUCACUAGUUUCAGUCUCAGUAACUGUAAACAUGGGAAUCAGGGCUAUAAACGAGUCCUCCUGCAGCUGUUCGGUUUGCUGGGUAACGGCAAGUCCUCCUUCAUCAACUCCUGUAAGUUUGUCUUAGACGGGGUUUAUAGACAACACGCCGAGGCACGGGCGACAGAUGGUGGCUGUACCACGAGGAGAGUGCCCUAUAAGCUCACCGAUGCCAUAAUGAUGGUCGAUAACCGCGGCUGUCCAACGCUCAGCAAAUACGAGUCAGGAGAGAUUCUUGCUCAACUCGGUAAGUCACAGUUACUUUAUAGAUCGCUAACUUUUUAUAUAUAUAUAUAUAUAUAUAUAUAUUAUUAUUAUUAUUAUUAUUAUUUAUAAAGCAUCAACAAGUUCUGUAGCGCUAUACAAUGGGUGGACUAACCAACACAUAUUUGUAACCAGAUGAAUUGGCCACAGAGGGACUGAGGGACAUAUAUAAAUAUGGCUGUGUGCAUGUUUAUCUAAUGACAUAAGUGACGAAUGUGUGAAUUCAAGGAGAAUUAGAAGUGAUUUUCAAAUUUAAGGUCAAAAAGCCGAACUGGAAAAUUCUCUGUCAGCUUUCAUUUCGGCUACUUUGGCCUUACAUUUGAAUUCUCACUUUAGAAUAUAAACCUGUUAGUUAUUUCCUUUGUUUUAAUUUUUCUCUAGUGACAUAAAACAUUUUUCACAUAUCACAGAGUGACAUAAAGCAUGAAUAGUAAGUGAAGACAUGAGGAAGAAUGGAUUUUACAGUUUUUAGACCAUUAGUAAGGUUUCUCAUAAGCUGUUCCCUUGUAACAUCAAGCAAGAAUGCAAUAAUGAAAAUGAAAAUAGAAAAUCGCUCCUGUGACAAUGGUGUAUAAUUAUCAGCCUGACAUUACACCUUGUUACGACUCCGAGCUAACAAGUCUUGCAACCAAAGCCUCUGCCCCCUUUUAUUUUCGUUAUACUGCCUCUCUAGGUAGACCUAUUCAUUUUUUUGGACUCUGCUACCACCUGUACGCUGAUGACACCCAGAUAUAUCUCUCCUCCCCGGACCCCUUUCCCCUGCUGUCCUACAGCGUGUCACUGCUUGCCUUUCUUCCAUCUCUGACUGGAUGUCCUCUCGCUUUCUGAAACUCAAUCUCUCUAAAACUGGGCUCCUUCUAAUUCUGAUCUUUCCUCCUCCAAAUACUGAUCCUCCGCUUUCGCUCUUGCCGUGCAUGCGCAUUCAGCGCUGCCGCAGGGACGUUUUAGCUGCGAGGCAAACAAGGCAUUUGCCUUGGUCGGCAUUUUUCAGGGGGCGGCAAAAAAUGCCGCUCCACAAAUGCCCAGGGCAAAUGUCUUGUUAGCCUUGCGGCUAACUGACAUGCCGGGCGGGCUGAUGGGCUGGCUGCUGGGUGGGCGGCACUAGCGAGGGAGCACUUCCUCUGAGCUGUCUGCUCAGCUCCCUCGAGCGCCGCAGAGUGAUGCCGGGAGCCGGAAUAUGACAUGAGUGAGUGUGUGUGUGUCUGUUAGCGUGUGAGUUUGUUUCUGUUAGUGUGUGUCUGUUUCUGUUAGCUAGUGUAUGCGUAUCUGUCAGUGAAUGUGUGUGUGUGUGUAUUUAGAAGGUGGGACAGGGGGAAGGGUAGAGUGGGGUGGCACGGGAGGGAAGGGGAAGGGGGGCGCCUGAGUUUUGUCCUGACUAGGGCAGCACAAAACCAGGAUACACCACUGCGCUGACGUCAAAAGAGGGAGGAGAGUUCCCUAGCGCCAAAUGAGCGCCAGAGAAAGGUAAGUGAUUAAACCCUUCAGCCCCCUAGAGCCCGGCAGGAGGGGGGCCCUGAGGGUGGGGGGGACCUAAAGACGCUAUAGUGCCAGGAAAACGAGUUUGUUUUCCUGGCACUAUAGUGCUCCUUUAAUGGUUUUCAGCUACAUACAGACAAAGCAUCCCACCUACAUAGGGAGGUGUGGACAACCAAUUACCCAGAGGAUCUCUCAACCAUGGUUAACCCCAACAAUGCUGUUUCAACCUUAGUUAACCCCUGCAAUGCUGUCUCAGCGCUGGUUAACCCCAGCAACACUGUCUCAACCUUAGUUAACCCCUGCCAUGGUGUCUCAACCUUGGUUAACCCCUGCCACACUGUCUUAACCUUAGUUAACCCCUGCAACACUGUCUCAGCGCUGGUUAACCCCUGCCACGCUGUCUUAACCAUGGUUAACCCAUGCAACGCUGUUUCAACCUGGGUUAACCCCUGCCACACUGUCUCAACCUCCCUUAACCCCUGCAAUGCUGUUUCAACCUUGGUUAACCCCUGCCACACUGUCUCAACCUUGGUUAACCCCUGCAACGCUGUCCCGACUUUGAUUUAUCUCCUGCAAUUCUACUACAAUUUCAAUCAAACCUUUCAGUAUGCCAAGUGCUGAAACUCUGGUAAAGACUUUAUUGUUCCUUUAAGACUUUUAUCUCUUAUAAAGGAAUUGCUUCAUUCACCGUUAUUCUUGCAUUGGGACUUUUGCAUUAUAUUUGUUUUCAAAAUACAACCAAUACAAUUCAGUGACUGUGUCCGUAUAAAAUCUCUGUAUACCGAGCCCAUUCACCACAAACCCGUGACACCUAAUUGGUCUCCUCAGAAGCCGUACUGCCCCCGCUACAAUCUACAAUGAAUGCUGCCGCCAGGCGGAUCUUUCUCUCCUGUUGCUCCUCCCAUACCUCACCCCUCUGUCGAUCCUUACACUGGCUUCCUGUAUCCAAUAGGUGUCAAUUCAAAAUACUAUCCCUUACCUAUAAAGCUCUAACCAACUCUAGCCUCUCUUACGUUUCUCCGCUCUACUGGUGACCUUCUCUUGUCAGCUGCUCACACCCUUACUGCAAAUUCACGCCCGGAAGACUUCCCACGGGCGGCUCCUUUUCUUGGAGCAGCCUGCCUACCCCUGUCAGACUCUCCCUAGUCUUCAAUACUUUAAGAAGUCCCUCAAAACCCAUCUGUUCAGAAAAGUGUAUCACCUGCCAGAGUAACUUCUAUCUCUCAAACCUUCCUCUCGCUCUCUCCUAAAGGGCCACACUCCACUCUCACCCCUAUUUCUGUUACCAUCUUUAUUUGAUGUCUGUAUUGGUCAAUGCCCUUCCUAUUGUGUUGUAUACUCCACCCCUCUAGACUGUAAGCUCAUUUGAGCAGGGUCCUCAUCAGCCUAUUGUUACUCUAACAAUUUGUAAUUAUCUCAUUAAUUGUUAAAUUCCCCUUUUAUAAUAUUGUAAAGCGCUGCGGAAUACAGUAGCGCUAUAUAAAUGCAAAUACCAUUAAAAAUGAAAAAUGUAGUAAUUCCAUACCGGAAUAGAAUGACAGGGUUAUUCACUAAACUGAGCAUUGUUAGGAAUUCAAAGUGAUUUUUCAAAUUUAAGGCCAAAAUAGCUAAAUUGAAAAAAUGCUCCAAGUCAGCUCAGCUUCUGGUUUAACUUUUUUUUGUCUCAAAUUUUAAAUUGGCUUUGAAUUCCCAGCCACAUUCCCUUUACGGGUUAUUUGGACUAAAUGCUUCAAAUUAAAACAAAAAUCAAGACUUUUUGCUGCUUUGACAUGGCUGACCUGAUUUAUUUUAAUACGUUUAUGGAUUCCAGAAGUGACUCAAACUCCCUCCCACUAUACAUUCCCAGGUAAUUUAUUACCCCUGAGCGAGGAGGUAGAAUGGUGUGAAGAUUUUGCAAAGAAUAUUGACCGACUGAUGGACGAAAGUAAAAACCCCAAUUAUACCGAUUUUAUUUUUCCAAUCUACGUGCACAGGUGAGACAAGUUCCUGGUUUAUUUAGGGGAAGGAUUAGACAAUAGAGGGGUUGGGCUGGGGAGAUGGAGAUGGCUUGUAAUAAUGCCAAACAUUGAUGCCCCUACCAAAACUAGCACGGUAUAGGUGUAGCGGAGCUCCCUGUACCCCGGCUGAGUACCUCUGCUAAGGACCGCUUUCUAUCUGGAGCAGGAGAGAGGACUAGCUCUAUUUCCUCCCAGGGAUUGGACGGCACACAGUCCUGGGAGCUCUAGUCCUUACCAGGACUUUCCCGCUGAACCCUCCACGAGCUGAAACAAUGUGCUAAGCAGUGAUUAUAGCCCUUUCCCCUCCCAGUAACUAGACAACACAUAGCUAUGGGAGUACAACUGAACUGAACUUUAUUAGGUCACACAUGGCUUUUAUGCACAGACCCCUACAAAGGGUCUCCAACAUAAUACAACAGGAGUUUCAAUCCCAAGAUCCUCUGUACCUGAGAGAUAAUUGUGUGAGGAAACCUCUUUAAUUUAAUUAUCCAUCCGGUACAAAAAAAAUCUUCAAUAGUUCCAAACACCCCACAAGCACAUUUUAAUAUUCCAUAAGGGUUCAAUUAAGCUUGGACCUCAACAGAGCCGCACUGCCAGGUGUGAGAAGUCACACACAAGGAGCCUGGGAGUCUGUCUUCAGCACAAACUAACCCCCCUAUUUGCCAUAUGUCUUGAUUGCCUCUCAGAUAGGAAGUCCUUUGGUAUGUUUAUGACCAUUAGCAUUCAAGAACAAAAAUAAACCCUUGUGUUUCCAUUUCAUAUCCAAAAGAUUUCAUUCAUGAAACUGAAUAAAAGUUUCACUUUGGUGAUUUGUUGAAAACAAUAAGUAGGCAGGCGGGUGGGCACAUGUGGGCGGGUGGGUAUCACAAUAUGAUACCCUCAUUUAUUAAAUGACAAAAGCAAGACGUGUUUUAGGAGGGGUUGCUGAAAAUGGUCAAGAUGUUGGAGUGUUCAAUUAAGUUUUAGAUCAAUUCAUACCUUACAAAUAUCCGUCCAUGAUACCAAGCAUGGAGAAUGGCAGUGUUAUUAUUAUAAUUAUUAUUAUAUAAUGUGUAUAAUAUGUAGAGAAGGGCCUAUUCAUAUAGCAUUGAGAUGUGGUGAGAUGACAAGUGACAUGGAAAAAAAAUUUAAAUCUACAAUUCAUCUAAAAUAUAUAUUUUCUCCAAACUUGCAUCUCAUCGAAGCUCACAGUUUAGCAAAAAGUAAUUUAUUUACAUACAAAAACUUAAUUUAAUUUGCUCAGAUUUACCUUUAUACUCCCUCACCACACAAGGGUGAGCGAGCUGGAGGGUCAUUAAGAAGGUCAUGUGAACCUUGUAUUCAUUAAACCAGCCCCAUUUCCAGUAUUUUCAACGUUAGUGAUGUAUUUCACAAACGUUACCCCAUGAAUGGUCUAGAAUCAUCUAGUCCUCCUGACCCUUCAACAUUCCACAUGUGUACAUGACCAGAUUCCGCUUUAGUGGAGACACGGAAGCAACAUUGCUGAGAAAUGAUUUAAGAUGAAACUCAAACGUCCCAACGCCCUGAACAUCCCGUAGACCUGGAGUUAGACUUUCUUCAGGCUGAAUGGCUGCUGUGAGACGUAUUGACGGCACAUAUCAUAUCAUAACAUGCUAGAGUAUUACAUUUUCAUACACUGCACAUAUUAAAAAACACAAAUCUGACUUUUAACAUCGUAAAAUAAAAUCAAUUCCUGAUUUAUAAUAAGUAAUCCAUAAUUAAACGAACAAUUGCUUUGUCUCAUUUUCAGCCGUAAGUUCUCCCGGACUUGUGUAUACCUGAGAGGACAUUAUGUAUAAACAACUACUGACUUUUAUAUAGACAAUUUUUUUUUAAUGUCAAAUCAGAAUUGACUUUAAUAGGUAAGUAAUCAAUGUUUUAUUUUGUUUUUUCAGUGUAAAGAAUACGAUUCCCAAACAGGAGAUUGAAAUGUAUAAAGAAUUACUGAACAUGGCGAGAGUACUGACAGGUAAAUAUAUCUGAUGGUGCAGUGUCCAUCCAAUCUCGAGGUAGAUUGCACAGCUUAGUGGACAAGGGACAUGUAUGAGUGUGGGUAUGGAUGAUCUGUGAUUGGCUGGAAUGUGUGUGGGAGUGCUUUGUCUGAUAUUAAUGGGUGGUAACUAGUUAGCCUUCCUUGCCCAGUGCCACUGGGUCCCGGUUUGUUCAUAACGGCAGGCGGGGGGCAUGCCCUUGCCAAUCAGGUUGGGAGACAAUUUAAGACUGAUAGCGUGGAUAAUGGUUGGGUCUCAACCUUUCCUGUCUUUUAUGGUGAACUGCGAAGUUACCAAUUUGGAUGUGCCACACUCAGCUAAAAUCCGGCUACUGGUGAGCAUUAAACGGUUAAAAGGGAAUAAUGGUAGACGAGUGGGGAGGUGAGAGCCUUUUGGGGUUGUGAUCAUCUGCAAUUGGUCAGUUAGGUUGGCAUGGACAUUUUUUAUUAAUAUUUAAUUAGGUUAUAUACUGUCUGACACUAUGUAUUAUUUAUGUGUUAAUUGUAUUGAUAUGUUUGUUAUAUUUAUAAAAUGUAUGAAUAAAGAUGGAUGUAUUAUGCAAUAUUUAUAAUAAACGUUUAAUAAACGCUGUGGCCUGUUUUAUCCAGCGUUAGUGUCUGUAUUUAUUGGGGGAUUUGUGGGUAGGUAAUGUUAAUGCUUAAUUUCAUCCAGUGCCCACUAUGUAUAUACAUGACUUAUUUUAUAUUUUGUUACCUUUAAAAAAUACAGAUUUAAGGUUAAUUAAAUAGAACACUAGAAUGGCUGUAACAUGCACAAAUAAUGCAUCAGUUAGAUGCUGUGUUAAAAAUAUGAACUAUUAAAGAGCCUCUGAAUGUCUCUAUUUUGAAGGAAAUCCUGGGCAAUGGAACUUCUCCUGUGAUGUUAGUAUAAACUAGGAGGUGGCUGAGAUAUCUCUGCCUCUCCCAAAUGUUCAGUUUAAAGCACUGGCAGGAUUAGAGGCCCGGGGUGGGGGGCUAUGCUUUUACGACUGUGUGGUUUAAUUUUUUUUGUCAGAGGCUCGGUUGCAGGUUACCAGUUACAGUUUUGGUGUCGAGAGUGAAAGAUUAACAUGUUCGAUCAGUGAAGGGUAGUGUCAUUCCAAUGGUUUUUAUACUGGGGUAGUUUUCAAUCCAAAGACGUUAAAAGACUAAUAAUCAUUUUAUUAACAAUCAUGGUAUUUGGGAAAUAUUUCAGAGACAGAAAUGUAGAUUGAAUCAAACUAUAAAUGUACGAAUGUCUUCUUACCAACUUUUCUUUCCUUACUUUGCCCCUUUUUCUAUUUAUCCAUUUACUUCUCGUUUGUCAUUUUAGGGAUCACUCCCAUUAUCGUCCUGACACAUAAAUCCCACGGCGGUCUGACCGCAAUGCGCACAACCUUCCAAGACAUGGGAUUCGAUAAGAUCUUCACCAUUGAAAAUUACACAGAAAACGAUCAUCAGAGAAUUCUAGGGAAACAUGAGGAAAUUCAGAAACUUCUCUGCCAAGUACUAAAAAAUGUUGAUUUCUGUAUGGAAAAGGAGAGGAAUCGUGAACAUGAAAGGGGCGAAAGGAUGAAAUUUGUUAUUAAAUACAUAAAGGAUGCUGACGAUGAGAAGAAAAAGAGAGAAUAUGAAGAGAAAAUGGAAAGUUUAGGUAAUUUACGUCCACAUCUGCUUUACAGACAGUUUCAAGCUGCAGAUAGACACGAAGGAUCAAACCGUAAGGGAACAGUAGUGGGAGAUGAAUCAACAUGCGCGAUAAUGUAAAUCCUCUAUCAGCUCUUCGUAUUAGAUUACUGCAUUACUAACCACCUCAUUUUGUGUCUGGAUAUUAUGGUUGACUCUCUUUUACUUUUUACGUAUUUCAUUAAACAUUAUUAGAUUUUUUUUCAUAAAUCUAUUUCUCUGCUUUAUUUCCCACUCGCUGCUCAAAAUUCACUAAUCCCAGUAACGCUCCAGCUAUAAAAAAUAAAAAAGAAUGACAUUAAAAUGAUGUUUACAAAAUAUAAUAAAAUAUAACUGAAACACAUUUCCAUGAUUUGUGUGCCAUAUAGCAAGCGGCGACUUGAAAGAAGGUAUUUUACUUCAAUAUUUCCCUAUCUGCAGUCUGACAGGUGGGGGCAUGU